AUCAAUUCUUUGUACCACUUUACUUCUAUUUUGUGAUUUUUGUGUUCAGAGAUUUGAGAGAUUGCAUUAAAUAAAAUUGCAAACUUGCAAAGACAAACAAUAAAAUAAGAAGAACAACAGUUAAAAAUUGUAAUACAAAUUCUUGCUGAUAAAAACAACCAAACAAUGAUUAAAGCUCUAGGAACGGAAUAUGAGAAACUUCAAUGUCCUUAUAUGCCAAGUCAUAUAAUAGAUCGUUGUCGUUUUCAAGUACACUUGAACCGCUGUAGAAGAGCCUACAAAGACAUACCGUUGGUUGUAUGUCCGUUUAAUGUAACGCAUCGUCUAAAUGAGCCCGAAUUAAAUUGGCAUGUUCAAGUUUGCCCAGACAGAAAAUCCUUUGAGAAUUUCAAAUACACUGUUGCACCACCAACACGCUCCGCACCGUCACCAGUCAAUGUGAUGCCAGAAAUUGAAACCAGUGAAAACUGGGAUGACGAUCCAGAUGUACCAGCAUAUGAUCCAAAGUCCUACGCUGCCAAUGCACCAGUUUUGCGUUUGUGCCAAAACGCUCCACCAUUGGAACGAAAGGUGUUCCGUAAAGCUGAACAUUUGCGUCUCAGGAAUCUAGAAGAUGCAUAAGAAUUCAUAUAAUACGAAUGCAAAGAGUUUGUUUACUUUUCUUUAUUUUGAAUUACUAUUUUAUUUUUAUAGAAUAUCGACUAUUUACUGAGUGUCUAUUUUUGUAUGGCCGUAAUAAAGGUGUGUUGUAUUUUCUAAAAACAAAGAAA